UUUCAUACACAACAAAUAAAUAUAAAUAAUAUAAAUGAUGUACAAACUUUGUUCAUUUCUGUGAUAACUUAUUCAUUCCGAUAGCAUAUUUGUUUUUUCAUUAUUUCGGGUCUCUGGCAAGCCCUGCGUCAGAUUUUUCCGAGUGCAGCACUUAGGGGGUGUUCCUUUCACUGGGCUCAAGCUGUACAGCGACGUGUUCAGGAAUUGGGGCUCAGCGCAACUUACAGGGAACGAGGGACUGUACACACCCUGAUUAGAAAACUGCUGGCACUACCAUUCAUGCCUGGACAACACAUCAGCAGGGCCUUCAACAGACUACGCCAGAGGGCAGACACCAGCAGUAAGCCAGUUGCUGAUCUCUUCACUUACAUUAAUGAUCAGUGGAUUGAAAGAAGUCUCUGGUCACCAGAAGAAUGGUCAGUGUACCGACAGCCGGUUAGAACCAAUAACGAUACUGAGGGUUAUCACAGAGCACUCAACAACAAAGCUGGUUGUGGCAAGCUGGCAUUUUAUGUCUUGAUACCUCUCCUUCACCAAGAAGCGAAAAUGGUGGAUUAUACCGUUAACCUGGUUGCCCAAGAGAUUAUUGUGCGUAUACGAAGACAGAUUUAUAAGUCAAUGGAUCAGGACAUUUUUUCCUUAUGGGAUUUGUAUGAUGAGCAUGAGCUCAGAGCCGAGGAAUUCCUUGAGCAAGUGGGGGAAAUAUAUGGACGAAUUGUUAAGUGAAGUGAUAACUAAUGAUUAGAUACAUUCCUGGCAGAGACAUGUAAUAUUCCCAAACCCAAAUGAUACUAAUCCCCAUUAUAUGUGAUAAUGACAUUAAAAGACAAUCAUGCAAUAUUCCCAAAUGUCCCGAUUAUACUUAAAUGACAUAAAAUGACAUUUUGAAGUCUUACAAUAUUCCCAAAAAGAAAUGAUACAAUGUACUUCUUCUCCAUGACAUUUUGUUGAAGUGACAAUCAAGCAAUGAUAAGGUGAUAAGGAUAAUUAAACAGUUGUACAUGUUUGCAUAGAAAUAUCAAGAUUAUUAUGGGCA